AUGGCUCCUGCUCUUCUCGCACUCCUCGCAGCAGCAGAGCUUUGCUGGCGCGCAGCCAGCCUUGAUUUUGAUUGCGGCUGCGGAAUCACCGUGUUUGACGGCUUCGUGAACGAUGACGACUGCGACUGCUGGGACUGCAGUGAUGAGCAGCAUUGGACCUGCUCCAGUUGCCAGCCUCAAGCUGGUUGCACCGACCUCGGUUGUCAACGAGUGCCUGGGUGCGCAAAUGGCUCAAGCGCCACAAACUUUUCCGGCACAAACUUUUCCGGCACAGGCUUCUCCUGCAGCAGUGGCUGCCCUGUUCCGGCCAGCUACGAAAACGACAAUUGGUGUGAUUGCCCAGACUGCAGCGACGAAUCCGAGCAUACCUGCGCAUCCUGCGGCUGCCCACAAGACUGCUUCUCUGAGAGUAUUGCUUGCUUCACCACUACCACAACCCCAGAGCCGAAAUUCGCGUGUUCUGCUGCCUGCGAUUGGGCUGUGGACCUCUGGCAAGUCAACGAUGGCCGGUGCGACUGCCCAGGCUGCGAGGAUGAGGACGACUGGACGUGCACGACGUGCGCCUGCCCAUCAUCUUGUGGCGAUCCCGGAGUUCGCUACUGCUACAGCAGUAGCGGCAAUCUUGGUACACAACUGACUGGCUUCAUAGUGGCCGCCUUUCUCAUUGUCCUCUGCCUCUUUGGAUGUAUUUCUGCACUGGUAUGCUGGUGCUGGAAGGUGCAUUCUCGCUCUUCAGGCCCGCAGCUUGAUGCGGGUCCGGAGGCCGUGGUCAUCGGGGGCGCGGCCAAGGUGCGGAACUUCACCUCCUUGCAGCUGGUGCCCUUGUCCGAGGAGGCCUUCUCGGUCGUGCCCGGCUAUUGGGCCAGGAGUGGAGGGAACGGAGGGAACGGAGGGAAUGGAGGGAAUGGAGGGAAUGCUUGCUACCAGUCUUUGUCUCGAGACCAGCUUUCCUUCGAUGAGCUCUUCUACGUCAGCUUCGAGAACAUCCGGCUUUUCCAGGACCUCAUGGACAGGACCUACCGCCCCAUCCCCACCCAAGACCGACCCUGCCCCACACAGGCUCAUGGCAAGACACCCGGGGGCUGCCCUUGCGUGCGACCAGGGGGAGUUCCCGGGCUGCCGACGGGAUUCCAGGUGAAGCGGGUCAUCCGGGUCGAGGACUCGGAGAUGUUCAACCGCUAUGUCGCGCGGCGCGAGCAGAUCAAGGCCCGCGGCUCCUGCGCACCCCCCGACCCGGCCUUCUUCACGAGCGUGGCGAUGGGAGACGCCGGAAUGGACGGAAUGGACUCGGUCUUGGCAGAGCUCCGCGGCGACCUGAACGAGACCUACCUGUGGCAUGGCACCCGAGUGCGAGCAGGUUUGCGGAUUGCCCAGGACGACUUCCAGAUGACCUUUGCUGGGUCGGGUGCGGGGACAAUGUAUGGCAAGGGCUUCUACUUCUGCGAAAGCUGCACCAAAGCAGAUGAGUACGCGCAGGACGAGCCAGGCGGCUACUACGACGACAUACGCGCCCUUCUUCUUUGCCGCAUUUGCGUGGGGAAGUUCCACUACACCCUGGAUCGAGAGCCUUCCGCCAUCGACCACUACCAGUCGGGAAACACGGACAGCACCAUCGGAGACCGCGCCAAGUCUGUGAACACCUACCGGGAGGUCGUGAUCUACGACGCAGAUCAGAUCUAUCCCGAGUACCUGGUCAUCUACCAGCGCCUGUUCCGGGACGACGCCAGGCAGCCUCUCCUGAAGGAGCUGCCGUUUUUGCUGGAGCUCCCUCUCUACUGGACGAAUGUGGGCAAGAACCCCUUCCAUGAGCACUUCAGGGAGCACUGGCUCGUGAAGCAGGAUGUCAAAGAUCUGAUCCAGAGGUUGGCAGAUGGCUCUUGCAGCGGCGAGCUGCGCCAGGUGAAUGAGGUGCACCGGGUGGAGGACUCGGGCCUCUGGUGCCGGUAUCUGCGAUGGAAGAAGGCCAUGAGCAGCAGCAACCAGGCCUGUGUGCCGCCCAACGAGCUGGAUGGAGAUCCCGAGAGUGGCCAUGUCCUUACCGACAAGAUCUUGGCGGACUUCCAUGGAGAUGAGGCCAUCAGUGUGGAGAACAUGGCCCCGGGCCUGAACGAGAUGUUGCUCUGGCACGGGACCUCCCCGGAAGCCGCGAGGGCCAUUGCCACCGAUGGGUUCCUGAUCAAGUCCACCUUCUCGCAUGGCCGGCGCUUCGGUGAUGGCGUGUACCUUGCAGAGGACCUCGGCAAAAGCCUGUCCUACUGCAAGGAGUCGGAUGGGAUUUCCUACGUGCUGCUCUGCCGAGCGACCUGUGGGCACAUCCACUACACCGAGGAGAACUAUGCCGCCCAAGCUCACGUGCGCGCCAAGAGCCUGGGGAAGACCUGUGUGCUGGCCAAUCCUCAGAAGCAGGGGCCCCGGGAGUACAUUCUGUUCGAGGCAGAUCAGGUCUAUCCCGAGUACAUCGUGGAGUUCACCAAGAAGGGACAGGCCAAAGUGAGUGGCAUCUUUGCCGGGGGGACCCAAGGGGCUGAAGAUGACGUUGCCGAGGAGACCGGGACUGGGGGGGCUGAAGAUGCCGCUGCCGUAGAGGCCGGAGGGGCUGAGGAUAACAUGGCGAACGUGGUGUAG